UCUUGUCUUCUGUGGCUUCGGACAAUUUGUAUGACGCUUCAAGAAAACAAUAAUGGUUGAUACCUCUACUUCGGAACUGAACUAGAGAUCGCAUUUUUCAUUUGGAUUAAUUCUAUUUCAUGCCGUAAGCAUGGGUCUCGUGUGGAUCCUCAUUGCUACUCUAACUGGAAUAAGCACCAUCUCCAAAGAAGCAGAAGGAGCGUGUGUCUAUCAAGGCUCUCUGUUUGCGAACAACACAUCAUGGAGGCCCGACAGUUGCCAAGACUGCACCUGCUACAGUGACAUCGUCAUCUGCAAGCCUCUGCGCUGCCAGAACCCAAAGUGUGACUUUCAGAGGGGAGAGCGCUUGAGAAUACCACCCAACCAGUGUUGUCCUGAGUGUUUCCCACAGUCCGCCGCCUCUUGUCAGCAUGAAGGAGCCAUCUACGGGGACGACAGCCAGUGGAACGGCUCCAAGUGCUCCGUCUGCGUGUGUUCUCAAGGGAAAGUGUCCUGCGGCCCCCCGCCCUGCCCUGCCCUGAGCUGCGGCGCCGACCAGAGCCCCUUUGUGCCCACGGGGGAGUGCUGCCCCAAGUGUGCCCGCCACGGAGCGUCGUGCCCAUGGGAGGGGGUGGAGUACAGGGAUGGGGAGGAGUGGAGACCCGGGCCCUGCUCCACCUGCCAAUGCCUCUCUGGACGUGUCCAGUGCUCCACGGCUGAGUGCCAGCCCAUCACCUGCAAGCCGAGUGAGAACCUGGUGAUCCAGCCCGGACAGUGCUGCCCGCAGUGCGUGCCCAACCCGUGCCUGGCGUCAGGGAAGGAGUAUAAGCAUGGGGAGCAGUGGCAGAAGAACAGCUGCACGACGUGCGUGUGCGACCAGGGCCACUCCCGCUGUCACUCUCAGACCUGCCCCAGACUCACCUGUGCCAAGGGCGAGACCAAAGUCAAGCGUCCGGGGCAGUGUUGCGAGGAGUGCGCCGCCGCCAAAGGCACCUGCCUGUACGAGGCCGCCGUGCGUUACCACGGCGACAUGUGGAAUGGGACCGGCUGUGAGUUCUGCCUGUGCGAGCGAGGCCAGGUGCUGUGCCAACGGGCCGACUGCGGCCGAGUGGAGACCUGCCCAUCGGGGGAGGACCUGGUGCAUUUACCAGGGAAGUGUUGUCCAGAGUGCAAGGCGAAGCUCAGCUCCUGUGUCUACACGCCUCGUCAACAACAACAGGGACAGGGAGAGCCGAGUCCGAGACAUCUAGCUGACCUGGAGAAGUUCAGCGAGGGGCCCUGCCACCAGUGCCAGUGUCGGGACGGGCAGAUGACCUGCUACCGGCCGUCCUGCCCCACUUGCCCCCUCGGCACGCUGGCCGUGCCCGUGGACGGGCAGUGCUGCCCCGAGUGCCAGGAUGUGGCAUGCCACCAGGACUGCAUGACGUGCUCCAGGAGCCCUGAGCACUGUGACAGCUGUAAGGACCCUGGUGCUCUGGUCUGGAGUGGACGCUGCGUCCAGACCUGCCCUCAGGGCUACUACGCCAACGGCAGGGAGUGCAAAGCGUGCCAGCCGGGCUGUGCCACCUGUGAGAACGGCUUCGAGUGCUCCUCCUGUGGAGGCUCCCUGCUGCUGAGGAACAGGCAGUGCGUGGCCACCUGUGACGCCGGCCUCUUCCAGGACCACACACAGUGCCUACGCUGCCAUGACACCUGUUCGUCGUGCCGUGGCCCCGGUGACGAGGCCUGCCUGAGCUGCUCCAGCGCUGGCCACCAGCUCAAAGAUGGACGCUGCGUGGCCGACUGCGGCGCCGGCUUCUUCUCCAGCGCCGGCAGCUGUUACGCCUGUGAUCCGUCCUGCGCCACCUGUCACCCGGACAACCCCAGCUGUUUGAGCUGCCCCCAGGGCUUCCUGUUGCACCAUGGGAAAUGUAUUGCCCAGUGUCCGGAGCAGCACUACAAGGACGGCCACGGCAGAUGCAGAGCAUGCCACAGCUCGUGCUCGUCCUGCUCGGGCCCGUCCGUGUCCCAGUGCUCCUCCUGCGCGGGCACCCUGGCGCUCCACAGCGGGCAGUGCCUGGACACCUGCGGCGAGGGCCUCUUCGCCCGAGACGGGCGGUGCCACGGCUGCCACCCCUCCUGUCGGGCGUGUGUGGGGCCCGAGGCCUCUGACUGUGUGCUGUGCCUGAAGCCGGAGGAGGCUCUGCAGCCCCUGCACCCCCACCAGCCCCACGGCUCCUGUGUGGCCCAGUGCGACGCCCACUCCUACCUGGAGUCCGACCGCACCUGCAGAGAGUGCCAUGAGUCGUGUGCCCAGUGCACAGCAGGAGGUGCCCAGAGCUGUACUUCCUGUCCCCGCCAGACUGUGCUGUACCAGGGCCAGUGUGUCCACACCUGUCCACCUGGCUUCCAUGCUCAGGACCGCAGCUGCCAAGCCUGCCACCCGUCCUGCCAGGAGUGCAGCGGUCCGUCUCAGGCCGACUGCUCCGUCUGCCCGCCGCACGCCGCCCUGCACAACGGCUACUGCAGAACCAGCUGCCCCGAGGGACAGUACGUCACCUCCGCUGGACACUGUGCAGAGUGCCAGGGUGGGUGCCAGCGCUGCACGGCGGAGCUGCAGUCGGGCGUGGGCACGGUGUGCCUGUGGUGCCGGGCGCCCAGGACCCUGCUGCUGGGGGACAGCUGCGUCGCUCAGUGCCCAGCGCGCCACUACCCGUGGCACGGCGCCUGCAAGAAAUGCCACCCGUCCUGUGAGAGCUGCCAUGGGGAGGGCCCUCUGGCCUGCACCUCCUGUGUGGCCCCUGGCCUGCUGCUGCCCACGGCUCUGUGUGGGUCCCGCUGCCCUACCGGCUACUACGCAGACGGGGAGCGCGUGUGUCGAGCGUGUGACAGCCAGUGCCUGGCGUGUGAGGCGGCGGGGGGGUGCACCUCCUGUCGGGACCCGGCCAAAGUGCUCCUGUUCGGAGAGUGCCAGUACGAGAGCUGCGCUCACCAGUACUACCUCAACUCCACCACCCGCACCUGCAGAGAGUGUGAUUGGAGCUGUAACGCGUGUCGUGGCCCCCUGCACACCGACUGCCUGCAGUGCAUGGAGGGCUACGUGCUCCAGGACGGCGUCUGCGCCCAGGGUUGCUCCCCCGGCUUCUACCAGGACGGAGAGCGCUGCCUCGGGUGCGAUGACCACUGUGAGAAGUGCCAGGGCCCCGGGCAGUGCCAGCGCUGUCAGUCGCCCUAUGCCAACCUGCAGGGACAGUGCGUGCGGGAGUGUGGCAGUCGCCACUAUCUGGACUCGGCCCUGCAGCAGUGUCCCGCGUGCUCGGCGGGCUGCGUGCGGUGCGAGGGGGAGAGCUGGUGCAGCGUCUGUGAGGAGAGCCUCUUCCUGAAGGACAGCCUCUGCACGCCCGACUGCGGCCACGGUUACUACGCCGACUGGGAGGGACGCGUCUGCCAAGCCAACACCCACGCGCCCGUGCUGCACGUCAACGGCUCUCUGCUGGUGCCCGCCGGCGGGGUGCGGCCGCUGGGCGCCUGGCUGCUCCGGGCCGAGGACGCCGACAGCCCGGCGGAGAACCUGCUGCUGCAGCUGCUGCAGCCGCCCGCCAACGGCCUGCUGGUGCGCCUGCUGCCGGACGGCGGCGAGAGCACUCUGCACCGGGACCAGACCUUCAGCCUGGCCGAGCUGCGCGCCGGCGCCGUCCGCUUCAGCCACUCCACCGACAAGCCCCUGAGUGGACAGUUCACCUUGCGGGCAGCUGAUCCUCAGCUUUUCUCCCAACCUGUGGCUGUUCCUGUGCAGGCCGUGUCUCAGCAGCCUCCAGUGGUGCUGACCAAUCGUCCUCUGGUGGUGGACGCGGGCCAGUCGGCGGUGGUCUCGCGGUCGGCUCUGCAGGUGGACGACCCGGACAACCCCCAGGACGUGCUGCUGAUGGUGCUGGAGGCGCCGCGCCACGGUCGCCUGGCGCGUCUCCACGGCGACCGGCCGCUGGCGCAGUUCAAGCUGGAGGAGCUGUGGCGGGAGCAGGUGCAGUACGUGCACGGCGGCGACGACGCCCCCGGCGACAGCCUCCUGCUGCAGGUCAACGACGGCCACAGCUACCAGAACCUCCUCUUCCACAUCCAGGUCAACCAGAAGAACGCCAACACCCCUCACAUGCUGUCCCUGCCCGUGACCUGGGUGAGAGAAGGAGGGAUGGUGCAGCUGUCCAAGAAGUACCUGCGGGCCGAGUACAAGGGCUCCAGCGACGCCGAGAUCCUCUACACCAUCAGCGGCCCCGAGGGCGCGCCCAAAUACGGUGAGGUUCUCCUGGUGCCCCUGCCGGCGGACGGCCCGGUGGCCGGCUGGCACUCUCUCCCCGAGGGCACGGACUCCACGCCCACCACCUCCUUCACCCAGCAGGACGUCAAUGAGGGCAUUGUGUGGUACCGCCACCUGGGCGCCAGCUCACACAGGGACACCUUUCACUUCCAGGUGUCCAGUGAAGCCCAUCCAGACACCCUCAGCGACGCCCAGACCUUCACCAUCGGAGUCGUGCCGCAGACACCUGGCAUGCCCCAGCUCUCACCUGGAGCCGACCUGCAGGUCUUGGCUCAGGAGGAUCGCGUGACGGUGAUAACCCCCACCGCGCUGUCCUUUGUGGACUCCGAGACGCCGAGCGACAAGAUUAUCUACAACAUCACCAAGCCCCUCGCUCCCGGCCACGGUGUGGUGGAGCACAGGGACCGGCCGUACAGCCCCGUGCGCUUCUUCACGCAGGCCGACGUGGACGCCGGGAGGAUCCUCUACCGGCCGCCCGCCGCCCCCCCACACCUCCAGGAGCUCUACCAGUACUCCUUCACCGGUCUCCCUGAGUCGGUGAGCCUCCAUUUCACAGUGUCGGACGGAGAGCACACCACCCCGGAGAUGGACUUUGCCAUCCUGCUCGUGGCCAAUCACCAGCAGCCGCCCGUCUUCCAGAUCCUGGACCCCGUGCUGGAGGUCACGCUGGGAGGCAGAGCGCCAGUCGGAGGGCAGCAGCUAGCGGUUACAGAUGCGGACACGGCCCCGGAUGAGCUGGAGUUUGAGCUGGUGGAGCCCCCAGUGCACGGCACCCUCCUCAGGGUGGACUUCAGCUCACACACACCCAUGAGCACCGGUGACACCUUCACCUUCAGCGACAUCACCCGCAACGUCCUGCAGUACGAGCACGCGGGCCAGACGGCCGAGGACGACGCCAUGACCUUCUCGGUGACCGACGGCAUCUCCAUGGCGACGGCCACCGUGCUGGUGUCGGUGUCGGCGGCGGGCGGCGACGGGCCCAGGAGGGACCCCAACGCCCAGCUGGCCAUGGAGGUGUCGGAGAAGAGCAGCACGGUCAUCACGCGCUCCCACCUGGCCUAUAAGGACGAUAGUUCCCCGGACGAGAAGAUCCGCAUCCAGCUGGUGUCGGUGCCCAUGUACGGCAUCCUCACCCGUGGUGGAGCGGCGUCCGACCCCGAGGAGCUGAGCGAGUACUCGUCCUUCACCAUGGAAGACAUCAGCCAACGCCGCAUACGCUACAUCACGUCCUUUGGGACUGGGAAUCAGCCCGUCACUGACAUCUUCCAUUUCAUCGUGUACGACGGCGAAAACAAUCGCCUUGACAACCAGAUGUGCACCAUCACCAUCACGUCGGUGCAGAGGCAGCCGCCCGUGGUCACCGUGCACAGCGGCAUCAAGGUCCAGGAAGGGGGCCGGGUCCAGCUGUCGGCCAAUCACAUUAUCGCCUCUGACCCGGACACGCCCAAGAGGGACCUCCUGGUGUGGCUGGUCAGUCCCCCAAAGUACGGCUUCAUUGAGAACACAAAGAGAGCGUCCGGCGGUGCCCAGGUCAUCAGCCCCGAGGUGCCCUUCUCCAUGGAGGACCUGAACGCCGACCACAUCUUCUACGUGCAGAACGUGCGGCAGGCCAACGUCCGCCAGGACAUCUUCAGCUUCUACCUCAGCGACGGCUCCAGCCAGACCGAGGCCUUUGACGUCAACAUCGACAUCCAGCAAAGCAAGGAGGACAAAGUUCUCGUGUCGGUGAACAGCAUCCAGGUGGAGGAGAACUCGGGCGUGGUCAUCAACUCCUCGUUGCACGUGCUGGACCUGGACACACCUGAGAAUGAGAUCGUCCUCACCAUCACCAAGAAGCCUGCUUAUGGUAAGCUGCGGCGGCGGCAGUUCUACACUCAGCCGCUGGACAGCGGCCGGCUGCUGAGCCAGGGCUCCACCUUCACCUACCAGGACGUGCUGGACGAGCUGCUGGUCUACAUCCCCGACGGCCAGGGCCUGCGCACCGACGAGCUGCGCUUCUCCGUCACCGACGGCGUCCACACCGAGUCCGGCCGGCUGGAGUUCAGCAUGGACGUGAGGAAGAGCGAGACGCCCCGCGUCACCGUCAACCGCGGCCUGCAGAUCGCAGCAGGUGCCUCUUCAAAAAUCACCGAGCAGCAUCUGAAGGGCACGGAUGUGGACUCGGAAAACGUGAAGCUGCGCUUUACCCUCACCAAAGACCCCACCGUGGGCAAGCUCCAGCUGGCCAGGGCAGGGGCAAGGCCCUGCUGUCCGCCCUCCGGAGCCGUCAAAAGCUUCACCCAGGAGGACAUCAACAAAGGCUUGGUGGAGUACAUCCACGAGAAGGGUGAGGGCGGUGGCAGCUUCUCCUUCAAGUUUAACCCAGACCCGGAGGGCAACAAGCUGAUUGACCAGUCCUUCUUCAUCAGCGUGCUAGAGGAUCGCCUCCCGCCCUCGGUGACAGUGAACAAGGGCCUGGUGCUGGACGAGAACUCGGUCAAGAAGCUGACCACGCAGCAGCUGUCCUCCUCUGACCAGGACAGCGAGCCGAGCGAGCUCGUCUACCGCCUGACCAAGCAGCCGCAGCUGGGACACCUGGAGCACGUCAACUCUCCCGGCACACACAUCAGCACGUUUACCCAGGCAGACCUGGCCUCCCGCAGUGUGCAGUACGUUCACACCAGCGAUGAGGAGAAGCACGCCGAUGACUUCACCUUCACCGUCACCGAUGGUGCUAAUGAGGUCUCCCAGACGUUCUACAUCACCAUACGGCCGGUGGAUGACUCGCUGCCCAUAGUGCAGGUGCCGGGCAUGCGGGUGCAGGAGGGAGUGAGGAAGACCAUCACUGAGUUUGAACUCAAGGCCACUGACGCUGACACAGAGGAGGACUCCAUCACCUUCACGGUGGUCCAGGCGCCGCGGCACGGCACCAUCGAGCGCACCAACAACGGGCAGCACUACCGGCAGACCAGCACCUUCACCAUGGACGACGUCUACCAGAACCGCAUCAGCUACAACCACGACGGCAGCAACUCGCUCAAGGACCGCUUCACCUUCACCGUGGCCGACGGCACCAACAUGUUCUUCCUGGUGGAGGAGGCUGGCAAGGAGAUUGUGACAGCGGCCCCUCAGAAGUUCAAGAUUGACAUCCUCCCAGUGGAUGACGGGACGCCCCGCAUCGUCACCAACCUCGGCCUGCAGUGGCUGGAGUACAUGGACAACAAGGCCACAAACCUCAUCUCGAAGAAGGAGCUGCUGACGGUGGACCCAGACACCGACGAUGGUCAGCUGACCUAUGAGGUCACCACCCCCACCAAACACGGUUUCCUGGAGAGCAAACUCAAGCCUGGCACGCCGAUCACCACAUUCACCCAAGCGGACAUCAAUCUGGGCCUGAUCCGGUACGUGCUGAAGGAGGGCAGUGGCCUGGAGACCAGCGACAACUUCAAGUUCCUGGUGAAGGACAGCAAGCCCAACGUGGUCAGCGACAACAUGUUCCACAUCCAGUGGUCACUCAUCAGCUUCGAGCACAAGAGCUACAACGUGAGUGAGAAGGCUGGCACGGUGGCCGUGACGGUGAAGCGGACGGGCAACCUGAACCAGUACGCCAUCGUCCUGUGCCGCACGGAGCAGGGCACGGCCACCUCCACCUCCAGCGUGGGCUCUCGCCCUGGACAGCAAGACUACGUGGAGUAUGCUGGACAGGUACAGUUUGAUGAGCGAGAGGACACUAAGGUGUGCACCAUCGUGAUCAACGACGACCAGGUGUUUGAGAACAUCGAGAGCUUCAACGUGGAGCUGAGCAUGCCCGUCUACGCCCUCCUGGGCCCGGUGACCCGCGCCAAGGUCAACAUCAAUGACACGGAGGACGAGCCCACGCUGCAGUUCGACAAGAAGACGUACCACGUCAACGAAAGCACCGGCUUCGUCUUCGUUCCCAUCGAGAGGAAAGGAGACACAAGCAGCACGGUCUCGGCUCUCUGCUACACCGUGCCCAAGUCGGCCAAGGGCAGCAGCCUGCACGCCCUGGAGUCCGGCUCCGACUACAAGACCCGCGGCAUGUCCGUCGACAACCGCGUCAUCUUCGGGCCGGGCGUGAGCAUGUCCACGUGCGACGUGAAGCUGAUCGACGACAGCGAGUACGAGCUGUCCGAGGAGUUUGAGCUGGUCCUGUCGGACAGCUCGGAAAACGCGCGCAUGGGCGGAAUCAAGGUGGCGAAGGUUGUGAUCGACGGACCCAACGAUGCCUCGACCGUAUCCCUUGGCAAUGCGACUUUCACCUUCAGUGAGGAUGCAGGAACCAUUGAGAUUCCCGUGGUCAGGCACGGCAGUGACCUCUCCUCCGUGGCCUCUGUGUGGUGCGCCACCAGACCUGCUGACCACGACUCGGCCACGCCCGGAGUCGACUACAUCCCCAGCUCCAAGAAAGUGGAGUUCAAGCCCGGGGUCACAGAGGAGACCUGCAGCCUCACGAUCAUGGACGACGUCCAGAAUCCCACCAUCGAGGGGUCGGAGUCCUUUGUGGUCUUCCUGAGCUCUCCGCAGGGGGCUGUCCUCGUCGAGCCACACGAGGCGUCCGUCCUUAUCACAGACACCUUCCUGGAUAUUCCCAGCAUGCACUUUGAGAAGGUGAAGUUCACGGUGAAGGAGAAAGACGGCGUCCUGCACAUCCCCAUCGUCCGCACCGGGGACCUGUCCUACAAGUCGUCCGUCCGCUGCUACACGCGCACCAUGUCCGCCAUGGUGAUGGACGACUUCGAAGAGCGGCGCAACGUGGACAACUCGCGCGUCACCUUCCUGAAGGGGGAGAGGGUGAAGAACUGCACGGUGCACAUCAACGAUGACUCGGUGUUCGAGCCGGAGGAAGAGUUCCAGGUGCACCUGGGAUCUCCUCAGGGCGAUCACUGGGGGGGAGCCAUGAUUGGUGUCAACGACAUUGUCACGGUCACCAUCACCAAUGACGAGGAUGCCCCCACCAUUGAGUUUGAACAAGCCUCGUACCAAGUGCGGGAGCCUCCAGGUCCUGACGGAAUCGAGGUGCUGAACAUCAAAGUCAUCCGCAAGGGAGACCUGGACCGCACCUCCAAGAUCCGCUGCAGCACCCGGGACGGCUCGGCCCAGUCCGGAGUGGACUACAACCCCAAGAGCCGAGUCCUCAAGUUCAGCCCGGGCAUGGACCACAUCCUGUUCAAGGUGGAGAUCUUGUCCAAUGAGGACAGGGAGUGGCACGAGUCCUUUUCAUUGGUCCUCGGCCCGGACGACCCUGUGGAGGCUGUGCUUGGAGAGAUCACUAUGGCAACAGUGACUAUUUUGGAUCAGGAGGCCGCAGGAAGCCUCAUCCUCCCAUCUCCACCAAUAGUGGUCUCCCUGUCAGACUAUGACAACGUACAGGAAGUGACCAAAGAGGGCAGCAAGAAGACCCCGUCCCCGGGCUACCCGCUGGUGUGCGUGACCCCGUGCGACCCCCACUACCCCAAGUACUCGGUCACGAAGGAGCGCUGCGAGGAGGCGGGCAUCAACCAGACCUCCAUCCACUUCAGCUGGGAGGUGGCAGCGCCCAGAGACGUCAGCGGCGCCCGCUCCCCGUUUGAGACGGUGACGGACACAACGCCCUACACCAGCGUCAACCACAUGGUUCUGGACAGCAUCUACUUCAGCCGGCGCUUCCACGUGCGCUGCGUGGCUCAGGCGCGGGACAAGGACGGGCACCUGGGCACGCCGCUGCGCAGCAACAUCGCCACCAUCGGCACCGAGGGCUCCAUCUGCCACACGCCCGUCACCACCGGCACCGCCCGCGGCUUCCAGGCCCAGUCCUUCAUCGCUACGCUCAAAUACCUGGACGUGAAGCACAAGGAGCACCCCAACAGGAUCCACAUCUCCGUCCAGAUCCCCCACCAGGACGGCAUGCUGCCCCUGGUGUCCACCAUGCCCCUGCACAACCUGCACUUCCUGCUCUCCGAGUCCAUCUACCGCCACCAGCACAUCUGCUCCAACCUGGUCACCAUCAGGGACCUGCAGGGCAUCUCAGAGACUGGUUUCCUGGAUGAUGUAUCGUACGACAGUAUUUCCCUGGGCCCUGGCUAUGACCGGCCCUACCAGUUCAACCCGGGCGUGAGAGAGCCAAAGACCAUCCAGCUCUACAAACACUUAAACCUGAAGAGCUGCAUCUGGACCUUCGAUGCCUACUAUGACAUGACCGAGCUCAUCGACGUCUGUGGGGGAUCGGUCACAGCAGAUUUUCAGGUGCGGGACUCGGCGCAGUCCUUCCUGACGGUGCAGGUUCCGCUCUACGUAUCCUACAUCUACGUGACGGCGCCUCGCGGCUGGGCCUCUCUGGAGCAUCACACGGAGAUGGAGUUCUCCUUCUUCUAUGACACCGUGCUCUGGAGAACAGGUAUUCAGACAGACAGCGUACUGUCAGCAAGGCUGCAGAUCAUACGAAUUUUCAUCAGGGAGGAUGGACGACUGGUGAUUGAGUUCAAAACGCAUGCCAAAUUUAGAGGCCAGUUUAUCCCAGAGCACCACACGCUUCCCGGGCACAAGUCUCACCUCAUGGCCCCAGACCACUUGGGGGGCAUUGACUUUGACCUUCAGCUGCUGUGGAGCGCCCAGACCUUUGACUCCCCUUACCAGCUCUGGAGGGCCACAAGCUCCUACAGCAGGAAGGACUACUCGGGCGAGUACACCGUCUUCCUCAUCCCCUGCACCGUGCAGCCCACUCAGCCUUGGAUCGACCCCGGAGACAAGCCCCUGUCCUGCACAGCCCAUGCCCCUGAGAAAUUCCUGGUGCCCAUUGCCUUCCAGCAAACUAACCGCCCUGUGCCCGUGGUCUACUCUCUCAAUACUGAAUUCCAGCUUUGUAACAAUGAGAAAGUGUUCAUGAUGGAUCCCUCCACUGCAGACAUGUCAAUGGCUGAGAUGGACUACAAAGGAGCCUUUUCAAUGGGUCAGACCCUCUAUGGUAGAGUACUGUGGAACCCGGAGCAGAACCUCAACGCGGCCUACAAGCUCCAGUUGGAGAAGGUGUAUCUAUGCACAGGGAGAGACGGAUAUGUUCCUUUCUUCGACCCCACGGGAACCCUUUACAACGAAGGCCCCCAGUAUGGGUGCAUUCAGCCUAACAAACACCUCAAGCAUAGAUUCCUGGUGCUGGAUCGGAAACAGCCAGAUGUCUGUGAUCGUUACUUCCACGACGUUCCAUUUGAGGCCAACUUUGCAUCUGACAGUCCAGACUCUCAGGCCAUGAGUGCAAUGCCAGGUGUCGACGGCUUCACCAUGAAGGUCGACGCCCUUUAUAAGGUGGAGGCAGGGCACCAGUGGUACCUCCAGGUCAUCUAUGUGAUUGGACCAGAGUCCACCACAGGCCCUCGGAUGCAGCGCUCGCUGACCUACGAGCUGAAGCGCAGCCGGCGUGACCUGGUGGACCGCUCGGGCCACCUCACGCUGGACGAGUCGCUGAUCUACGACAACGAGGGCGACCAGGUGAAGAACGGCACCAACAUGAAGACGCUCCGGCUGGACGUGCAGCCCUCGGCCACCUUCAACCCGCAGGUGGGCAGCUCCAUCGGGGGCGGCGUGGCCGCCGUCACCCUGCUGGUCCUGGUGCUGCUGGCCACCUGCCUGGUGGUGCGGAGGUGCCGUCGCGCCGCCAGGAAGAAGCUGCCCAAGAAGGACCCGGCCGAGCAGUACCCGCUCAACACCAAGGUGGAGGUGUGCAUCGAGCGCUUCGAGAAGAACCUCAACAGCAAGCACUGCACCGUCAGGAACGUCAACAUCCUCCACAAGAGCCCCGAGUCCUCCAAGGUCAACGGCGUCAAGGUCAAGCAGGUCAACCUGGAGGUCAAGCUUCACAACAACUUGAACGACGGAACUGAAGUCUGAUCCUUCGUCGAAAGUAUUUUAUGGGAAAAAAAAACCUCCCUUCCCCACCCCUUAUUUCUAUCACUGUUUGUAAUUAUGAGAUGAGAUUAUUAUUAAUGUAUUUUUAUACGACCAUUUCAAAAGGGAAGUGUGCGUGUGUGUCAGCUAUGCAUCAUAAAUCAUUUCACAACUGAGCUACCUCAGUGACAGUAAAAAAAGAACACAAAAAGAAGACUUAAGAACCACUUUUACAUGAUGUCUUCUUCGAACUAAUGGUUUUCCAUUUCCACAGAUAUCUACAUAAAGCAUUGCUUUUCUUUCAGGUACAGCAACAUCACCACAGCAACAUAUCCAGGGGUAGCUCAGGCACUUUUACUCCAUAUUGCUUUGAUGAAUGGUUCAAUUGUCUGGCAGAGUUACUACUUUGAAAGUCACAGCACAACCACUAUUUAAAAAAAAAAAAAGAUAAAAAGUAUUAAAGACACAUAGAAAGUGCCAGCACUUUGGACAGAGCAAGCUGUGUAAAUAUUGUUUUAAAAGUGCAAUUAUCUGAUGACAUGGUCAUCCCUCAUUCGCUGCAGGUGUGAGUGUGGAGUUUGAUAGGUAGCUUCAUCGAUGUUCUUAGCUUUCAAUGAAACCACUGGUGUGCCAUGAAUUACUGUUAAGUGCGAUUUCUUUUUAGGCUGAAAUCAAGCAAUUGUCCAAAGCGGUUUGUUAUCAACUUAAUGUAACUCAUCAGAACACUUUCUGUAACUUGCCAUCUUGUGACAGAACAAAAAAAGUGUUUUGAUGAAUUGUGCACUUUGAAAAAAAUAAAAACAAAACUACUGUAGAUUGUAUUGAUUGUCCACUAGCUCACUCCAAAUGCUGUUUUGAUUCUUUAACCACAGAUAUGAGAUGGUUAAAAAAUACUUAACUACUGUUUUAUACAAUGUGUACUCAACUAUUAUAUUAUCUGCCAAAUAACCCCAUGUUUUUUAGCAUUGUUAAAUGUACAUACACCUUCUGAACACAAUCAUGUUGAUUUUUUUUUUUUUUUUUUUUUUGUCUCAUCAAAUUAUGUUGCGUUAUGACAUAUUGUAUUACCCACAUACAAAGUAUAAUGUACGUAUGUAGCCCUACUGUUGUAUUUUAAGUAAUCUUUCAAGAUGCAUUCAUCAGAUGGAUAUGAAAUGGUGCUGAUGUGAGAGUCUUUCUGGCUUAUGGAUGCUAACCAUAGCCUACAAUUUCUCCAUGGUUACAAUACGUAGAGAAAUUGAUUUCACCUUUGUCAUCAGUUUCUUUAAUAUGUUUUUUUUUUUGCUCUUUUAUUUGUUAUCGCUCUCACACUUUCUGUUCUUAUGUCAGUCUAUCUCUGUUUCAUCUUUGGUCAGCUAUGAGAAUGGUGUGCCUAUCACUUUAGCAUUGGGAGAUUUUAGGAAAUAACAUAUUUUUGGUGCUAUCAUUUGUGGAAAAUAACAAUGCUCUAAUAAGAUGCCUGUAUUCUGUGCCUUUUUAGUAAUAAAAAAAAAAGUUACAUAAA